AAGAAAGAAAGAAAUUCUACCUCUUCACACCGUUCUUUAUAUACCCGACCCAAAAUUCAUUCCUUUUCCAUAACCUCAUAGCGAUUGAAAUCGCUUCUCUCUUCGCGGCUCACGGCUACGCGUUUCGAUCAAUUUUCUAUCAUCCAAUCUAACUGGGUUUUCUUUCUUAUCGUUAAUAAUCAAUCGGAGCUAUUUUAUCUUCGUUUUCGCAAGCGUUGUUUCUGUUUCUUUCAAGGGUUGUUAUCACUUCAGUCUCUCACAUGGCUUCUUCGUCGAUCGUGAUCAAGGUUAAGUUCGGUAAAACUCUCAGGCGCUUCAGUGCAUCCAUCAAUGACAAUAAUCUUGCUCUUGACACUGUUGCUUUGAGGGAAAAGAUACGUAGUCUCUUCAACUUCAAUCCCGAUGUUGAUUUUACUCUCACAUACGUUGAUGAAGAUGGAGAUGCAGUCACUCUUGCUGAUGAUGAUGAUCUUCGUGAUGUUGUUGGACAGUCUCUGAACCCUUUAAGGAUCACUGUCAUGCUUGAAAAUGGCAGCAAUGGUGGAUCAUCUGGGACCCAAACCCCAACCCCAACAACAACAACGUUCCCCCUGAGAACAUCACAACCCCAGAUCCCUUUUGGACCAAUUCCAAAUGUGCUGUCUGAAUUUCUUAAAUCUAUGCCUGAACCCCUGCGUGAUCAAAUUACAAAACUGCCCCUCGAGUUGGCAUCCAAAGCAACACCCUCUACCCCUAUGAUAUCUGAACUUGUGGAAAAGAUGACACAUGCAUACCUGAAUCAAAUUUCUGGUUCCAUGGCUACACCAAGUGCCCACACCCCUAGUGGUGAGGCAUCAACUGUGAAGAAUAGUAAGCCUGAAGCUGAAAGUUCAAACUCAAAGAACAAAGAGAAGGUUGAAAAGAUGUCUGAAGGUGUGAAGUUUAAAGAUGUUGUUCAACCACCAAAACCCAUGGAUCUUAAUGCUCCUUACUUUGACUAUGAAGCUUUUCCAUCAGUUGUGGAAGGGUAUAAUGGGAAUUCCUCUACUGAGAAAAACAAAGACACUACUGAUGGUGUGGAGAACAAGAAAGAUUUUGGAUGGGCUCAGGGGAUGUUGAAUGCAACUAAUCAAUGUCCAUUUUCAGGGAUGCCAUUACCUAAUGAGUCAUAUCAUCAUCAUCCUUCUCGUGGACAUGGUCAUCAUCAUCAUUGGAAAAGAUAUGGCCAUGGAAAUGGCUUAGGAAGUCUAGUAUUCCAUCGAGGUGUUCGUUGUGAUGGUUGUGGAGUCCACCCGAUAACCGGGCCCCGUUUCAAAUCCAAAGUGAAGGAAGAUUAUGAUUUAUGCAGUGAUUGUUUUGCUGGAAUGGGAAAUGUUUCUGAUUACAUAAGAAUGGAUCGUCCAACUAAUCCUGUUAGGCAUCAUAUGCCUUUCAGAGGUUACCAUGAUCCUUCUGUUCGUAUUCCAACUCCUGGUUUGCCUCAUGCUUUGAGGGCUCCUGGAAGUAAGUUGCCAAGGGCAAAGCUUGAUAGCAGAUUCAUUCUUGAUGUGAAUGUUCUUGAUGGAACAACCAUGGCGCCUUUCACUAAUUUUACUAAAAUCUGGAGGAUGAGGAACAAUGGGACUGUUAUUUGGCCAUGUGGCUCACAGCUUCAAUGGAUUGGAGGUGAUAGGUUGAGCAAUUCUGUCUCUGUUGACAUCGAGAUUCCAAGUGAUGGGUUGGGUGUGGAGCAGGAGCUUGACAUUGCAGUUGACUUUAAUGCCCCUGAGCUUCCAGGUCGAUACAUUUCAUACUGGCGUAUGGCAUCCCCAUCUGGACAGAAGUUUGGACAGCGUGUUUGGGUCUUAAUCCAGGUGGAUUCCUCCAUGAAAGACAUGGGUGAAACCCAAAUCAAUCUCAACCUGCCACCUGUCAAGAUGAACAACCCCCAUGUGGGCCCUAUCCCUGAGCCUGAAGUUAUCAAUGAAAACACCAUUCUUACUGGAAACAAUUUGAUCAAGGUCAAUGAUUCUACUGAAGAUACACCUCCUGCUAAUAAUCAGGACAUGGAUUUUCCAAUCAAUGACACCUUGAUUAUCACCAGUAAUGGCAUGGCUACUACUGUUGCACCACCGGUGGGCUCUCCUGUUUUCCGGUCUGCUGAGGUGGAAAAUGCUUUGGCCAUUGUUUCUAAAGAGCCGCCUGCUUAUCCUACUGUGGACUUCUCUGAAGUGCCGCCUGUGAUUACUGGUGCCACCUCGUCUCCGGUGGCGGUGGUGGACCCAUCUGGAUCUGCUCAGGAGGGAAGUGAGGAUCAUCUUCUUCAGGAGGAGAAUCUGCUGGUGGAGCUGGAAGCAAUGGGGUUUAAGCAGUUGGAUUUGAACAAGGAGGUGUUGAGGAUGAACAAUUAUGAUCUUGAGAAAUCAGUUGAUGAUCUUUGUGGUGUUUCAGAGUGGGAUCCGAUGCUUGAAGAGUUGCAGGAAAUGGGCUUUGUUGAUGAGGAAGCCAACAGGAGGCUUUUGAAGAAGAACAAUGGAAGCAUCAAGCGUGUGGUGAUGGAUCUCAUCAAUGGAGAGAGAGCUUGAUUUGAAGAAGUCGCUUUUUAAGUGAUGAUUAUCUAAAUAAAUUGAAGUGGAUCAAGACUUGGUUUUUUUUUUUUUUUUUUUAUGUGUGUGUGUUAUGUGUGUGUUGGUGAAUAAUGAAGGAUGUUUAUUAUGUGUGGGGUUGAUGUUGGUUUAUGGAACUUUGAUGCUGUAUGCUCUCAUUAUAUGACGUUGUUUGUAAUAUAAGAUGGGUUUUUGUUUGUGUA